UAGGGUUGCAGACCAGAGAAAAACUGAACUUGCUUGGAUUGAGAGAAGUGAUUCAUAUGGGCAAAAGGGGAGCCUCUCUCUAGCCUGGCCAAGGGGAGCUUUGAUGUAAGGCAUGAUGCUGUAGCAUGAUUUGUAGACCCAGCUGGAGCCAAGCAUCUGCAUGUUCUUACUGCAUGGGGCUAUCUGUUUAAAACAUUAGUCUGAUGAGGACAGGUUUGUUAACUUGAAGAAAGAGCUCAGAGAACUCCUGGCUGCAAACAAGUGACGUUUGAAGCUUCCCAACACUGCUGUCCCGUAAUUGCAGACUAGGAGUUACCCAGCACACACGGCUUCUCCUGCGUAACAGUGGCUGCAGUGGGUCAAAGAUCCAAACCAUGUCAGUGAAAGGUAAAACAUAGCAACCCAGGCUGGUAAAUUGCCCAGUCUUAUGUGUCAUCAAGUAUCACCUCCCAUUUAGUUUUCUAUAAAAGCCAUUACCUACCAAUGAUCACAAUGAUAAGACAGCUUGUUAUCCAUUCCUUCCUUACUGAAAUAAGCACGGCCUCAUGGACCAGCUUGGGAGAUUUAUUCAAUCAGAUGUUAAAGGAAUACUGGAAAAGACACGGUUGUGUUUAAUAAAGAAGCUGCUGCCACAUUUGGAAGACAGAAGGAAGUAUCAUGACGAGUUUGUCUCAUCCACUUCUUUUCAUGGCGUGCAUAAGAUUAUUCAAACACGGAGCAAGACUCGCAAAGUGCUGUGGCUGCUUGUGCUUGCAGGCUGUCUUGCUGUUGUUAUUUGGCAAAUCUGCAGCCGCUUCAUCUACUACUUCAGCUGGCCAACCACAACCACAGUGGUGGUUCAGUAUGUGGAAAACAUCCAAUUUCCUGCUGUGACUUUUUGCAACUUAAACAGGUUUCAAGCUCAUGCAGUAAGCAACCUCAAAAUAAUUUUUUUAAUUUGGAACAUCGUGUCUGCGAUUCUCCAAAAAUUUUCUACAGAAGAUAAAUAUUAUCAAGAGUUAAAUGAUUUCCUUGCUGGGAACCAGAACUUCAGCAUCAAGGAGUUUACAAGAAAAAAUGGGUUUUAUCUGAACAGCAGCACAUUGCUAGAAUGUGAUUUUUUUGGAAAGCCAUGUUACCCAGAGGAUUUUGAACAUGUUUUCACUGAAUAUGGAAACUGCUUUACUUUUAAUCACAAUGAUCUUUCAGCAAGAAGAGUGAGUUUGUCUGGAAGAGGCUUACAUUUGCUUUUUGAUGUCCAACAGGACCAAUUCACUGAUGAACCUGCUCUUGGUUUUACUGAUGCUGGAAUAACUUUUGUUAUCCAUUCACCCCAAGAGCUUCCACGCUUUGAUGGCUUAGGUUUAUUAACACCAGUCGGCACGCACGCACAGGUCACGAUUCGCCAGCUGAAGUCAAUUAUCCAAGAAUACCCAUGGGGAGAGUGCAAGCCUGAUAUAAAGCUUCAGUACCACAAGAUUUAUAGCACUAAUGGAUGUUUGCUGGAAUGCAAAGCCCGGUAUAUACAGGACUGGUGUGGCUGUUUGCCAUUCAUUCUUCCAGGAAAUGGAACAGAAUGUGACUUGCUGAAGUUUUACAAAUGCGUUUAUCCAGCAGUCUAUGAUAUAGAGAUAAAAGGAUUAUGUACAGUAGGAACACACAAUUCCACUUGCCCUGCCCCAUGUGAAGAAACACAUUAUCCCCCCACUGUCACCUAUUCAAGUUUUGGAGGAGAAAAAGCCAUCAACUAUUUUUCUGAGAAACUGAAGAAAAGCCCAGAAUACAUCAGGCAAAACCUUGUGCGUAUUGAGAUUAAAUAUCAUGAUCUGAGCUACAAAAUAACCCAGCAGCAGAAGGCCUUGACUAUAUCUGAGUUGCUUGCUGAUGUAGGUGGCCAGCUUGGAUUGUUUUGUGGUGCCAGUAUGAUUACAAUCAUAGAACUGCUCGAGUAUGUUUUUACUAACUUCUGUUGGAUGUGCAUCUUUCUUCUAUUGAAGGCUCCUGAAAUGCCUCAAUGGAACAAUCCAUCCCAGAACCAACCAAAACAUAAGGAAAAAAAGAAGGGAAUACAAGAAUGUUAGUGACUUGUAAAAGUCCAGAACUAACUGGUUUUGCAACUUCCCUUUCUUUUUAAGAUCCAAAGGAGACAGUAAUAUUUUGCACUGCUCCCUUCUCUGCACUCCUUAUUCACCCUGCUUCUUUUGUUGUCUAGAACUAUUUAACUGUGCUAAAUAACUUUUAAGAGAGCACUUUGCAAAGUCUCACUUUCCUUCUCAUUUAAAGACAAAUGUAAUCUUUACCUAAAAUUUUAUUUUAAUAAAUUAACAUUUUUUUAAAAGCAUAGCAAGUGAUGCUGACAUACAAUACAAUUUAGCAUUCAUUUAUGACUCAGAUUUUAUCUUCUGUAUUCUGAGUGACAAGAAAUAAUAUACAUAAUAUAUUAUCACACACAAGUUUCUUGACCACCAUGAAGGUGGAGCAUUGCUGUGCUGAAAAGUCUUUGUUAGUAGGAUCCACUGUAACAUGUUCUGAUGAAGAAUAUGGAUGCUUUGCCUAGCAGAAUUUUGUCCCUAAUAACAUAAAAUCUAAAGUAUAUUAUCUGUUUGUCUGAAACACAUCCAAAAUUUCUCAUGAGUUCGUCAACUACUAUGGAGAACCACAGAGCAUCUGAGUCGAUGACAAGUCAGCAAACAUAGGCCACGUUCAUUGUUUAAUGUCAUGAAAGACGAUAAUAAUAAAGACUAAAGGCUUCAUCUAAGUCUUACUGAAAAUCAGUGAGUGUAAGAAUUCUGUGGCUUUGCUGCUGAUUCAGGCUUCCUGAAGGUUUAUUCCUUUUAAAGUGUUCAGAAAAGCUUCUGUGAUUUCGUACAUUUGUGUGGGUUUAUUGAGCAGUAGUGGUUUAGUCUUACGUUUUUUAAGAAGACUCCAGUGAGUAAAUAAAGUAGUAAAUGUACCUACUAAACAGCCAGGUCCUUAAGGUGAGAUAUAAAAUAAUGAAAAUAGUACCAUUUGGCCAUCAUUUGCAACAGCUUCCCUUCAACAUAUGCCCUAGGAUAUGCAAUUCAGGAAAUACAGGAAAAGUUUUGGCUUUCUAGGAAGAGAUGCCUUGAUUUCUGUCCUCUAACUGCAGGUUUGAGAGACCUUAAGGUUAAAGAUUUUUUGCUCUAUUCUCUUUUAUUGAUCACUUCACUUCUGCUGGGUAUUGUCCCCCACACUACUACUAAGCACACAAACAUUUGGCUCAGCAGCCAUACAAAAAAGGUCAUUAUAACCCCAUUGUCCGAGGUGUGCAUUGGCCAACAGAGGAAGAAUGGAAAGAACAGAGAAAACACACUGCAAUAUUUCUCUAAAGACCUAUCCCAGUCUCAAACUGUGGAAUUCUUAAGCCAUAAGAAAUUAUUGGUUUGGAAUUAGGAAUCAAGUAUUAUCUGACUUCUGGAUAAAAAGAAAAGUAGGGGAAAGUUUAAACAUAGUAAUCCAGCACACUUUGUGUUUCAGAGAUCAAAGUGGUUUGUAGCUAUCAAUCAUAAUGAUCAUUUUUUGUUUUGUUUGCUUCUACUGAUAAGGGCUAAAUAAAAGAAAAUUAGUAUUGUAAGGACUAAACAAAGCUGGUAUUGUUUCUGUUCAAAAGGUCAAGUGAAAUGAAGCACAGAACAUGCUAAAAAAACAGCCAAAAAAAUAAAAAGACAGUUCUCAGACAA